GCAGACCAUAUAAAUACGGGCGAGACUGGUUGGAUAGACACUUCUCUGCAGGGAGCGAAGGGCAAGAUUAGGGUUUUUCAAAUCGCGCUUCGCCGGAGUUCCAGCCCCGCAGGGAAUAUGCCUCGCUAUGAUGACCGCCGCAGCAAUACGCGACUUUAUGUAGGUCACCUGUCUUCGCGAACAAAGACACGUGACUUGGAGGAUCUCUUUGCUAGAUAUGGAAGAAUUCGUGCUGUGGAUAUGAAGCGAGACUACGCCUUUGUUGAGUUCAGCGAUCCUCGGGAUGCUGAUGAUGCAAGAUAUAGCUUGGACGGCAGAGAUUUUAAAGGAAGCCGUAUUAUUGUGGAAUUUUCAAAGGGGACACCACGUGCUCCUGGAGGUUCUCGUGAUUACAUGGGUAGGGGUCCUCCUCCUGGUUCUGGACGCUGUUUUAAUUGCGGGAUUGAUGGCCAUUGGGCUCGAGAUUGCAAAGCUGGGGACUGGAAGAAUAAAUGCUAUCGAUGUGGGGAAAGGGGCCACAUAGAAAGAAAUUGUCAGAACAGUCCAAGGAAAUUAAGACGUGAGGAUUACUCACGGUCGCCUAGUCCUCGCCGUGGUCGGAGUAGGAGCCGAAGUUACAGCCGUAGUCGUAGUUACAGUAGGUCAAUCUCCCCAGCAAAGAGGGAGCGGAGUUUUGAUGACGUCGAAAGAAGGCCAAGGAGCCCUAUCGGUAGUCGCAGCCCUAAGCGGGGAAGGAGCCCUAUCGGGAGUCGGAGCCCUAAGCGGGGAAGGAGCCCUAUCGGUAGUCGGAGCCCUAAGCGGGGAAGGAGCCCUAUCGGUAGUCCUAUCGGUAGUCGGAGCCCUAAGCGCGGAAGGAGCCCUAUCGGUAGUCGGAGCCCUAAGCGCGGAAGGAGCCCUCCAACCAGAGGAAGAGAUUACAGCCCAGCUGCUGAUGAGAGAAGCCCUCCGAGAGACAAAGUUGAUCAAUCCCCCGAAGAUAAGAAAUAUGCUAAUGGGUCGGAUUAUAGUAACAGCCCCAGGAGGAAGAGCAGGAGCCCUGUCAAUGAUGCCGAAGCUGACGGCGCGAGAAACUACAGGAGCCCUGCUGAGGAGAAUGGCCGCAGUCGCAGCCCGAGCCCCAUGCAGAGGGACGAAGACGGCCUUGCUGAAGAUGAUGAUAAUCGCGAUUCUCCAAGAGGCAGUGAGUGAGCAUCGCCUGUGUGAUGCGCGACAUUUGCUAGUAAUUCCUGGUCUUGUAUGGAUAGAACUUAUUUGGGAGUUCCGCUGCUUGUUUAGAUUUUGCCGACGACAUUCACAAUUUGCUCUAAGGUUUUCUUUUUUGUAUUUCUUUCCGGAAGGGACGUCGUAUUUAUCGGAGGUAAUUUGGGUUUGGACCUUAAAGAUAUUUUGUAAUGCUCUUUUGUUUUUCUCA